AUGGCCGGGUCCGGGGGAUCGGCGGCGGGCGCGUCGUCGGGGGUGGAUCAAAACAGCGAGAAGAAGAAGCGCAGCUCUUCUCUCCGGAAGAUGUACGAUAGCCUGACAGGAGGCUUCAGCGGCAGCGCCGCCCAGAACAGCGCCGGGGGCGCGGCGGGCGGGAGCGGCGGGGGGGCCGGCGGCGGCGGGGGGGGGCCGGCGGGCGGCAGCGGAGGCGGCGGAACUUCCUCGGGCAGAGGCAGCGGGGGCGCCGGCAGAUCAUCGUCGAGGUCGGGGAGUGCGCGAAACCAGCUGGUGACCUCGGUGACCUCUAGGGACGUCCGGGAGAAGUAUGAGAUCGAGAGGUCACAGCUCGGGCACGGACACUACGGGGUGGUGCGGAGAUGCUGGGACAAGUCUACCCGCGAGGGCUUCGCCAUCAAGACGAUCAAGAAGAGCAAGCUUUACGAUGUGUACGAGGACGACCGGUUCAUCCACCUGGUGACGGAGCUGUGCACCGGCGGCGAGCUGUUCGACCGCAUCAUCCAGAAGACCGAGUCCGAGGAGGGCCACUACAGCGAGAAGGAUGCCAAGGUGGUUAUUGCGAGCAUUCUCAGCGGCAUUGAGUACUGCCACAACGAGCACAACAUCUGCCACCGCGAUCUGAAGCCGGAGAACUUCCUGUUCAAGCGCCCGGACUCGGACACGGAGAUCAAGGUGCAGCACUGGAAGUCCAUCAAUAGUGCCGGUUUGAACGUUUGA